AUGCUUGCUACCACUGUGCAACAAGGUGCCGGGUUGGUUAAUGCUUUUCAAGCCUUAACAGCUACCACGAUUAUUUCACCGAGUGAACUUGCUUUAAAUGAUACGGUCAGACAAAAGAAAUUCUACAACAUUAAAAUAUCCAAUGUCGAUGCUGGUGUUGUCGGCGAUUAUAAAAAUGCUCGGAUUUUAGUUCGCAAUAGUUCAACAGGCCUCGUAACAGGCCUAGCGAAUGGAAAUGGUUUCUAUAUUUCGAACGGAGAAUAUUUGAAUUUGACCAAAUCCGGUGUAUUUCCAGUAUUGGUUAUGGCAUGGGCAUCACGUAUAGUUAUCGUAGAUGUUAUUUCGGGAAAAGACAAUGUUCCACAUAGUGGUUUUAAUUCGGGGUAA